AUGAAGCCACAGCGGCAGUCCGGGCAACUAAAUCGGCCAUGUCAACGAACACGACGACAGCAGCCGCGGUCGCAACAGCCGCACGACAGCAGUUACAGCAGCCAGGGCCCUAUUGGCCACACCGAUAGCAACAACAGCAAUGCAACUGGCGUCCACUCAAGCGGGAGCGGCAAAGUGGCCGUUCUGGCCGAAGAGGACACCCAUCACCGGCCACUAUCGCUGCGAGUGGUAACACCGACUAUAGACCGCCGGGCAUGGGUAGCACUGGCAAACCGCGGGGGCCGUCGAGUGAGAGUGCGACGCCAACGGAUACAGCAGGCGCGGCUGGAGGAGCAGCAGCGAGAGCAACGCCAAUGGGCACAACAGGCGCGGCUGGAGGAGCAGCAGCGCGAUGAGAGGCUGCGGCGUCGGGAGCAGCGAACACGCGAGCGGCGCGAGGAGCAGCAGCGGGUGGAAGGGGCCAUACGAGACGUGGAGGCGCGUCUGACAUACGCCAGAUGGGGCAGAGAGCCCGAUGGCACAGCGAGCGAGCAGCCGAUGGUAGUGCUGGAGAGGUGCGGCGGCUCCACAAAGCCCCUUGCUUGGGCGAUGUCUUCACAGCAGCCACAGCAGUCCAUUGCUCAGCGACCACAACAGCAACCACAACACCAAUCUCUGCAGCCACAGCGGCAGUCCGGGCAACUAAAUCGGCCAUGUCAACGAACACGACGACAGCAGCCGCGGUCGCAACAGCCGCACGACAGCCAAGACAGCAGUUACAGCAGCCAGGGCCCUAGCGGCCACACCGACAGCAACAACAGCAAUGCAACUGGCGUCCACUCAAGCGGGAGCGGCAAAGUGGCCGUUCUGGCCGAAGAGGACACCCAUGCGCGGCUGGAGGUGCAGCAGCAAGAGCAACGCCAACGGGCACAACAGGCGCGGCUGGAGGAGCAGCAGCGCGAUGAGAGGCUGCGGCGUGGGGAGCAGCGACAACGCGAGCGGCGCGAGGAGCAGCAGCGGGUGGAAGGGGCCAUACGAGACGUGGAGGCGCGUCUGACAUACUCCUGA